AGAUGAGCCUCCCAGCAGUGCUUUUUCAGCAAGAUCAGUUUUGGAGUUGAAAGUUGAGGGAGGAGUCAGGUAGUCUAAGGCAUCAGGUGUGCAUGAGAAGAGAAAGAGGAGUAGCAACCAGAUGACUAAGCCUAGCAGCACUGGACAUGUGAGAAGAGGGACGGUGCUGUGCAUAUAACAGAAUGUGCAUGUUAAGAGCAGACCGAAGAAACGCUGCAGGGGGGAAAUCGGCUUGUUCUAGUGAUCUGGGAAUACAAAGAAAGACGAUGCAGAUGGACAGGGAACACUUUUGAUUUCUCAUUGGAUGCAUGCAUGAGGAUAAUCCUGCUGGACCAUGACCGGUAAGAAAGGGAGGCAGUGGAGGUCUAUGUGCAAAGGCCUGGUCCUGGGUACCCUGCUGACCAGCUGCAUGAUCCUGCUUUACUCUCUCUCCAUUCCACAGAUCCACCUCAGCCUGCCUGAGGUUCCAGUGCCUUAUUCCUGUGCCCACCGCCCCUCCCAGCUCCACCCUAAAUCAACCACUAACAUCUCCCAACAAACCUCAGGCCAGACCUGUACCCCCAAAGUGGAUAUCAUGUUCAUGAAGACCCACAAAACAGCCAGCAGCACCUUCCUCAACAUCCUUUUCCGCUUUGGAGAGAAGCACCGGCUCAAAUUUGCCUUCCCUGACAGCAGAAACGACUUCUUCUAUCCAUCUGUUUUUCAGCGCUCACAGGUUAAAGACUACAGACCUGGAAUGUGCUUCAAUGUUAUCUGUAAUCACAUGCGCUUCAAUGCAAGUGAAGUUGCCAAGCUGCUACCUCUGGACACUUCCUACAUCACCAUCCUCAGAGACCCUGCUGAGCUGUUUGAGUCCUCCUUCCACUACUUUGGCCGGCUGGUGCCUUUUACAUGGAAGAUACCAGGUGAUGACAAGCUGACUGAGUUUUUAAGAGACCCAAAUUACUACUUUGAUAAAGAAGGCUUUAACUCUUUCUACCUCAAGAAUCUGCUGUUCUUCGACUUUGGACAGGACAACACUCUGGAGCUGAACGACCCGCGUGUAGAAGAGGGAAUAAAAUUCAUCACUGAGCGUUUUCAGCUAGUCAUGUUGGUGGAACACUUUGAGGAAUCCCUCAUCCUGCUGAAGGACGCCCUUUGCUGGGAGAUGGACGACUUGCUCUUCUUCAAACUUAACGCCCGCAAAGGCUCUACUGUGUCUAGACUGACCCCUGAGCUCAGGGCCAGGGCUCUGCAGUGGAACGCUAUUGAUUGGAAGCUGUACCAGCAUUUCAACCAGACUUUUUGGAGGAAAGUAAAUGCAUAUGGACGGGAGAGGAUGGCUGAGGAUGUUACAGAGCUCAGGAGAAGGAAUGAGGACAUGGCGUCCAUCUGCAUUGAGGGGGGCCGUGCUGUAGAAGCGAGCAGCAUCCAGGAGACAGCCAUGCAGCCGUGGCAGCCCUUUGGAGAAAAGUCCAUCAUGGGCUACAACCUGAAGAAGAACGUGGACAAGGUACAUCGCAAGCUGUGCCGCAAGAUGUUGAUGCCAGAGCUACAGUACCUAACAGAGCUUGGGGUCAACCUGUGGAUCACAAAGCUGUGGGGCCACAUCCGAGACAUCAUCAACUGGUGACUAUGGGCCUGAGAGCAUGAGGGGCCAAUUCAUCUCUGACAAACUGUGUAAGAAGAAGAAGAAUCUGACUGUGUAGCUGUUGUAGUGAAAGAUUAAAAGGUCUAAGUCA